UCUCUUUGAACCGUAUAUAAACUACUCCAACCUUCGUUCACUUUUCAUUCUCUCUAUCGUCUUCAUUCUCCGAUCUUUUGAACGCAAAAUCGAUCUUGUUCAGAUGACUUCAUCCACCUUCGAUAAAGGUCUCAUCGUCAGCUUCGGUGAGAUGCUCAUUGACUUCGUCCCUACCGAAUCCGGCGUCUCCCUCUCCGAAUCUCAAGGGUUUCUCAAAUCCCCCGGCGGUGCUCCGGCCAACGUGGCUAUCGCGGUGUCGCGUCUCGGAGGUCGUGCCGCCUUUGUAGGUAAACUCGGUGACGAUGAGUUUGGCCAUAUGCUUGCCGGAAUCUUGAGGAAGAACGGUGUCGCCGAUCAGGGGAUCAAUUUCGACAAAGGAGCAAGAACUGCACUCGCCUUCGUGACUCUACGUUCUGACGGAGAACGAGAGUUUAUGUUCUACCGGAACCCCAGCGCCGAUAUGCUUCUCCGGCCAGACGAGCUUAACCUUGAGCUAAUCAGAUCCGUACGUAAAAUCUUUCUCUCUGUUUUCAAGAUUUCAAGAUUGUACGUAUUUGGUGGUUUUGUGACUUAUUAUUUGCUUGUGCAGGCGAAAGUGUUCCACUAUGGAUCAAUAAGUUUGAUAACGGAGCCAUGUAGGUCAGCUCACAUGAAGGCAAUGGAAGUGGCGAAAGAAGCCGGAGCUCUUCUUUCCUACGACCCCAACUUGAGGGAACCUCUAUGGCCAUCGUCUGAGGAAGCUCGGACUCAGAUCAUGAGCAUCUGGGACAAGGCUGAUGUCAUUAAGGUCAGUGACGUGGAGCUUGAGUUCUUGACUGGUAACAAAACGAUCGAUGAUGAGACAGCUAUGUCUCUGUGGCAUCCCAAUCUGAAGCUUUUGCUUGUUACUCUCGGCGAAAAGGGAUGUCGUUAUUACACUAAGGGUUUCCAUGGAUCGGUUGAAACUUUUCAUGUGGACGCGGUGGAUACUACCGGGGCUGGUGAUUCUUUCGUUGGUGCGCUUCUGAACCAGAUUGUUGAUGAUCAAUCUGUAUUCGAGGAGGAAGAGAGAUUGAGAAUUGUGCUGAGAUUUGCAAACGCUUGUGGAGCCAUCACGACGACUAAAAAGGGAGCCAUUCCAGCUCUUCCUUCAGAUUGUGAAGCUCUCAGCUUUCUUAAAGGACAAGUAGAAGCGUAAAACCUAUCUUCUUUAGUCCACAAUUCUCCUUGUCCAUUGUAAUUUUGUGUGUUUUGGAUUCUUGCUGAUGUUUCUGAUUUGUGGUAAAAAGAAUUCCAAAGUUUUUCUUCUUUUGUCAGCUCUUUAUCUCUUCUUUUCUUCUUCAAUCUAUUGAAUAAAACAGAAUUGUGGUGUCAUAUAUGUCACAAGGUCUAUAAAAAGCAGAUUAGUAAACAUGUAGAAACGAAAAACCUAAGUGAAACAGAGCAGACACAUUUGGAUUCGAGUUUUUUUUUGCAUCAAGCAUAAAGCAUUUACCAUGUUAUUUACCAUGUUCAAGAGGUAUGAACAAACUCAAAACACAGGCAUCUCAGAGAUUUGGACAAAAACGAAA